UCUCUCUCUCUCUCUCUCUCUCUCUCUCUCUUCCUUCCUUGCCGACCGCUUCUCGUAUAUUACGAGCUAUAUAUAGAUACACACACGCGCACGCACGCACGAUACAUGUUCCAUUACUUCUCUCGUGGCGACUGCGAAUCUCUCCGAUCGCCGGCGAUCUCUCGAACCCUCCCCCGCACCGAUUCGGGAGUUCGGUUUGGCAAUUCGUGCGCUGGGAAUUUAUUUCAAGCUCGUCUCUGGCUAUGCUCAACUGGGUGUAUUUGAAAUCACGUAAUUGUUGUUGCUUUAGUUCCAUUUUACAAGCUAGCCCCAAAGUCUAGAUGCCAGUUGCAAAACUAAGGGGCAGUAGCAAUCCUGAUGCAAUGAAAUCAGAGGAGGGGAAUGAUUCCCUAGACACAUAUGUCAGACAAGCAGUUGGCAAAGAGCCCUUUCUUUCUUUCUCAAGGACAGGGGACAGUCCAGUGCAGUGGAUUCAGUUACUUCAUGCCUUGGAUCAGCAAGCAGAUCUUCCUGGAUGGCCCUUGCUGUCUCCAUUGAAGAUUCAGAUGCAGAAGUGUGACAAGUGUUCCCGAGAAUUUUGCUCCCCAAUCAACUACCGGAGACACAUACGUGUGCACCGCCGCUCUCUGAAUGUUGAUAAGGAGUCUCAUAAAAGUAGGGAUUUAUUGGGAGCUUUUUGGGAUAAGCUAUUGUUGGACGAGGUAAAGGAGGUCGUGUCAUUUAAGGAUGUGACUUUGGAGGAAGUUCCUGGGUCUUCAAUCAUAAAGUCAUUGACAUCGCUUAUCCGUAAACCAGGAUUUUGUACUCUCCCUCAAUUAUAUUUGAAGGCUGGGUCUGCACUUCUGGAUAUCAUCCAAUCUAGACCUUCCAGGCUUCCAGUAUCGUCCCAUGAACUAUUUAGUAUCCUUGAUGAUGCAAGUGAGAGGACAUUCUUAUGUGCUGGCACGGCUGAAUCAAUGCAGAAAUAUGUGUUUGAUGGGGAAGCUGGGAAAAUUGGACUGGAGAUGAAGAACUUAAUUGCUUGCACCAGCUUUCUCGUUGAACAGAAACUGGUCAAAGCAUGGGUGGCUGACAAGGAUGCUGAAGCUUUGAGAUGCCAGAAGUUGCUUGUGGAAGAGGAAGAAGCUGCUCAGAAAAGGCAAGCUGAGCUGUUGGAAAGGAAAAGACUGAGAAAGCUCAGGCAGAAGGAACAGAAAGUGAAAGAGCAGGCUAAUGGGGAGAAGGUAGAUCUGAAGGACAUCACUGCUGAUGUAUUGGACAGUCCACCUUCUGCAGAAAUAUCCAGCCCUUCAGUUGAAUCUGAAUCCAGUUCAAACGCCCUAGAAAUAACCGCAGAACAUGUUCCCUCACCUUUUGAGCCUGUCCAAACCUGGAGUGCUGAAGAAGACGAAGAUACUGAAGCUCAAUUUGGAUUCAGCCACGAACACCCGGAUUCAGGCAUCUUUCCAAAUGCUGAACGCCGAACAGUACAUGGAAAUGGUCGGCGUUCUAAAUGGCAGAUGCCAAAAUCACAAAGGUUUGGACGCAACGGCUUUUAUUCAACUCAGAAUCCUCAAGUAUUGAAACUUGAACAUAUGCAGAAGCACACUACCCCAGGGGAUCCAAGGGCUGCUCCAAUUGUCAGUGGCAACAAAGUUUGGACCAGGAAACCAAAAACGGAAAAUGAGGGAAAGAACUUGAAAUCCAUAUUAUUGACCGAGGAUGCAGCCCAGACGGAUCAACAUAAGAACAGUGAGGUGAUGAUUGGUUCUAUAUCAGUCACUCUUGAUAACUGUACUGCCCAGCAGCAGGGUGAUGAUCUGAUUGAAGCGCAAGAGCAUGCAAUUUCAAAACCCACGAAAACCGAUUCUGUCCAAGGUAGUACCCAAUCCACGGUUAAGCUUUUGAGGCUAGUGAGCCGGCAUGAAGCCAGAGGUCCAAUGCCAGUCCAAAAUGGCUUUGCGGAAUCUAAAGAAGACGUAAUAGCAGGAGGAAAGUGCAACGACCGAAUGGUGCCCAGUGAAACUUGUCUAAGAUCUUGUGCUUCGGGUGAGAAUGGGGCUGAUUCUCACCCGCUGGUGGACGGAAGUGCUCACUCAGAAGGCUCGCUGUUCUCCAGCAAUGCUGCAAAAGCUUUUCUUGCACAGAGAUGGAAGGAGGCUAUUGCAGCAGACCAUGUGAAACUUGUGUUAUCUGCAGAAUCCGAACCUCCUGGGUGCCCGGACAGUGGAAAUGAUGGUGAAGUAGUAAAAACAUCAUCAGAUCACAGACGAAGCAUUCUUGGUAAUGCAGAGAAUGUGCUGGCUAAUGUGGGCCCCUUUGAGUCUAAAGCAACCAAUGCAGUUAAAGCCAAGAUCAGAAUAAAGCCUGAAAAGGGCGUAACAAUUAAGUACAUCCCGAAACAGAGAGCCGUUACCUGAGGAAAGUGAAAUAGGUAUUGGAUUUGUUCUGUUAUGCCUGAUGUGCAGUUUCACUCAGCUCCAUCACCAUUACAUUCUUAGCAGAGGGUUCCAGUUUUUCUAGUGGUCUUCUGUUUCAGAUAUUGAAGAAAGGUUUUGCCCGGAAAAAAAAAGUUUUACAGUUUUCUGUCCUUUCAUUUAUUCUUAUAAUCUGCUGUUAUAGCAUUUUGGUUAGGGAGGUUUUGUCUCAUUGUCUAGAUUUCUGUAAUAAAUUGUUUUCUCAGUGUCAUUUUAGAGUUCCAAGUGUGCCCGGUGUUUUGGGUAUUUAUUAAAUAUCUAUUUCGUCGAUUGGGAUUCUUCUUAUUUUGUCGGUAGACUUAUCUUUUUGAGGAAACAAUCAGAUACAGACAAUGUUCUGUUCACAGAUUUUUUUUUUAGAGAGGAAGGAAAAGGAGAAAAUUUAAUGAAA